AUGGCUCCAAGGGACGAAGUUGAGAUCGCCAACGGGACCCGGGACGAUGCUUCUGACAUUGAUAUUGAUAUCAAGAGGCAAGAUGUUCACAUCGAAGAGGUUGCCGUCGCAAGAUUCACAGAAGAAGAUAUAUACGCCAUGUCCCAGGAGAAUUUGACCAUCUGGUCAAGUACUGGAUGGCGUAUUCUUGGAAUUAUGUUUGUCCAAGGGUGCAAUCAAGCUGGUUACGGUGUGGAUUGGGGUGUUAUCGGAGCUAUAAACUCCUUCCCCUCCUGGCACGCAUACUAUGGCUUCGGUAAUAGCGGCAGCACAUACGGCGUUCUUAAUGCCCUUAUGACAAUUGGCAACUUUUGCGGCUCUCCCUUCCUCGCCUUUGGUGAUGUUAUCGGUCGUCGUGGUGUCAACUGGAUUGGAAAUUUCCUUGUCUGCGUCGCAUCCAUCAUGCAGGCUUUCGCCGUCAAUAUCCGCAUGCUCAUGUUCGCUCGCUUCCUUCUCGGCUUUGGAACUGGUUUGAUGAGCUCUUCCCAGUACAUGGCUGAGAUUUCACCAGUCCACCUUAGAGGUCGUCUUGUUGGUAUCUUCGGUGCUUGCUUCCAGAUCGGUGCGCUUGCUACUUCGGGCGCUAUGAUUGGGUUCCAGAAGAUCGAUAGCAAUUGGGCAUGGAGAGCUCCAUUCCUUGUCCAAGCCCUCUUCCCUCUCACAACUUGUAUCUCUAUGUACCUCCUAUCCCCGGAAACCCCACGUUUCUUAAUCAUGCGCGGCAAGCGCGACAAGGCAAAGGAGGUUAUCGCCAAGUACAUGACGACAGCUCAAGAUCCAAAUACUCCAUUCGUUGAAGCUGUCGCUUCCCAGAUCGAACAAUCCUUGGAAAAUGAUACUAGCGGUCACCGCGAUUUCUGGGAUUUCCGUGUCUUCGUCACCAAGCCAGUUCGAUACCGUUUCAUGCUCCUCAUCUUCUACUCCGUUUUCCAACAGUGGAAUGGCGGUGGUGUCAUCGGUUAUUACCUUGCACCAGCUUUGGAAACCGUUGGUAUCAAAGACCCUACUGCACAGCUUGGUAUUAACACUGGUCUUGUCGCUACAUACUUCGUUUUCACACUCUUUGGCGCCUACCUCGUCGACAUUUUCAAACGUAGAACAUUGAUAUUUGCCGGUUUGAUCUCCUUCAUUGUCAUCCAAACCGUCGUCACAAUUGUUGGUUGGCAGUAUGAGAAGACCGGUGGUGCCAAAGCUACUGGUUAUCUUACUGUGGUAUUCUACUUUAUCUUCCAAGUGUGCUCGGCCUCCUUGAUUGCCACCAUGCAUAAUCUUUACCCUGUCGAAAUCCUAUCCCUCGUCCUCCGUGCCAAAGGUAUGGGUCUCUACGGUCUCAUCCAGGGUGCCGCCGGAACGGUCCAAAGCUACGGUAUCUCUGUCGGUAUCAACAAACUUGGCUACAAGAUUUGGUGUGUGUACAUCAUAUACAACUUCUCCCAGCUUAUCGUCGCAUACUUCAUCUUCCCAGAAACCUACAAGCUGUCUUUGGAGGAAAUCGAUACGGUAUUCGAGACCAAGGGUGUACAUCCUGUAAAGAUGAGUAAGAAGCUGCAGAAGGCAAAGAAGGAUCUUCAUGAGAUCGAGAACGAGGGCAGGGUAGAGGGUAGGGAGGCUUAA